AUGACGCGUCUCCGCACGUGCUUGGCCCUCGUGGCCGUCCUCGCCGUCGCGGCCGUCGCGCCCUCGACCGCGGAGAAGAUGAACCUCGACCUCGGCGAGCUCCUCGGCGGGCUCGGGAUGGAAGGCUUCGGGGGCACCGACGGCGGCGGCGGCGGCGCGGGCUCGUACGGCAGCGUCGGCGGCAUGGGCAUCCCGAUCUGCGACCCCGGGGAGCUCCCCGCGCCGACGGAGAACCCGGAGUACAAGUUCGAGUGCAACGGAUGCGGACCGAAAGGGAUGCAAGUGAAAGAGAGCUUCGGCCUGUACAAGUGCUGCAACGGCCACGACCUGUGCUACAGCACGUGCGGGACGUCGAAGGAUUUUUGCGAGAGGGUGUUCAAGGCGUGCAUGGCGAAGACGUGCGACGCGCACGCCGAGCGCGCGGAGUGCAAGAAGCAAGCGGACAGCAUGACGGGAAUGACGGGCUUGUUCGGCGGGUCGUUCCACGCGCGCACGCAGAAGGGCUCGCCAGAGAACGGCAGACUCGGCGCGUGCGAUUGCUACGCGCCCGCGGACGCGGACAGACGAUGGGAGGAGAAGUUCACGGAGUUUUACGAGAAGCACUCGGACCCGCCGAUGACGCUCGACGAGGCUGGCGACAAGGCGAAGAAGGUGUUGUCGACGUACAAGCCGGAGCAACGCGGGGAGGUGUACUACAAGAUGAUCAAAAAGUACCAAAAGUCCACGAAGGAGACGGAGUUCGUGUGGGACAACGUCAAGGCGGAGCUGUGAUACCGUGGUACAGUACGUCGCGUUGUCACGCGGUGCGAUGAUUUAUUCUUGGAGUACACGUACGUGUAACCUUC